AUGAUGAUGAUGUGUCUCCUGCAGAGCGCGGCGGGGGGGCGGGCGGAGGGGAGUCCGGGGGGAGAGAGGAGAAACGGCAGGGCGGAGGAGCAGGAGGAGGAGCAGGAGGAGGAGCAGGAGGACGGCAGGAGGUGUCGGGGAAACGUCGCCACGUCACGAUUCUACAACCGUAGGAACCUGCAGCUGUGCUUCGUAAACAACAGCGACAGUGAAGACGAGGAGGGAGGAAGCACCAAGAAGGUAACGGCCGCCGCCGCCGGGCUGAAACAGGAAGUGGCGAGCGCUCUGAGGACGCUGAGGGACGAGCUGCUGGCUGAGCAGAAGCAGACGGAGGUAGAAAGAAAAAGAGAAACGUGUCUGACCAGCAGCUGCUGUGUUGCCAAGCGGAAACAUCUGGAGCGUCGGGAGCUGCAGGAGCGUUCAGCUCAACAGCUCAGCAGCUUGGGAGCAUCAUUCCAACAGGAAGUACACGCUCUGAGCUCUGAGCUCGUGGCCCACCUGGUGGUCCGAGACCAGCUGAGGACGAAGCAGGACGCCAUGCUGCUGGACCUCCAGGACCUGACCCACCAGGACCUGACCCACCAGGACCUUACCCACCAGGACCUGACCUGACCCACCAGGACUUGACCCACCAGGACCUGACCCACCAGGACCUGACCUGACCCACCAGAACCUGACCCACCAGGACCUGACCCACCAGGACCUGACCCACCAGGACUUGACCAGGACCUGACCCACCAGGACUUGACCCACUAGGACCUGACCCACCAGGACUUGACCCACUAGGACCUGACCCACCAGGACCUGACCCACUAGGACCUGACCCACCAGGACCUGACCCACCAGGACUUGACCCACUAGGACCUGACCCACCAGGACUUGACCCACCAGGACUUGACCCACCAGGACUUGACCCACCAGGACCUGACCCACCAGGACUUGACCCACUAGGACCUGACCCACCAGGACCUGACCCACCAGGACUUGACCCACCAGGACCUGACCCACCAGGACCUGACCCACCAGGACUUGACCCACUAGGACCUGACCCACCAGAACCUGACCCACCAGGACCUGACCCACCAGAACCUGACCCACCAGGACCUGACCCACCAGGACCUGACCCACCAGGACUUGACCCACCAGGACCUGACCCACCAGGACUUGACCCACUAGGACCUGACCCACCAGGACUUGACCCACCAGGACCUGACCCACCAGGACCUGACCCACCUUGUAACAUAGUGUUGGACAUUCAGCCACGAUGAGGUUGAACAUCUUUAAAGCUCGCUGUCUUCUGGGAGCGUGGUCACAUGACCCUCAUAACAAACAGGAAGUGGUCACAUGACCCUCAUAACAAACAGGAAGUGGUCACAUGACCCUCAUAACAAACAGGAAGUGGUCACAUGACCCUCAUAACAAACAGGAAGUGGUCACAUGACCCUCAUAACAAACAGGAAGUGGUCACAUGACCCUCAUAACAAACAGGAAGUGGUCACAUGACCCUCAUAACAAACAGGAAGUGGUCACAUGACCCUCAUAACAAACAGGAAGUGGGUUGUCUGAGCAGCACCGAUGGAUGGGGGAUCCUUCGGAGACCACGACCCGGGGAACCCACAUGGAAGCUGAUAGAGGUGGUUAGAGGACGUGUUGGGGGGACGUAAAUACAAACAACAACAACAACUCUCUCGUUUUAAAAGUUGAAAUUGAGGUUUUCAUGAUCUGUGCUCUGACUUUUAAUCAAUAUUGGACUCAUAAACCGAGCGGCUGUCGAUCAGAAGUGUUGGCCACGCCCACUGAGGACAGAGCGGUGACAUUCGGGUGAAACCUUGAAAAUAAAAUCCAGAAUAGAAACAUUCAGAUGAAUUUCUUAAAUCCAGACAUGAAUAAUUUAACUCUUCAGGUCCAGACGACGUGAAUGUUUACUGCUCAUGCAACUGAAGAUAAGCCGGUGCCUGUGUUGAGGCUCAUGAAAUAUGAUUUAUUAUAUUUUAAUGUUUAUCUCGCCACACUUUUUAUAAUUUACACACUAAUGAUAUCUAGAUAAUUUGAAUUACAAUUUUAAUCCAGAUAGAAGGAAACAUUUGUAUUCAUAUUUAAAGUCACGAGAAUACUUAAUAAAUAGUAAGUUGAGUAUUUGUUUUGUUUUAUUGUAUUCAGAGAUGUGUUGUCAAAUGUAAAUAAAAGGUUUUAUGAAUGUAUUUGUAAAUGUAAAACAUAAAUUUUGAUAUUUUGAUGGUA